AUGUCCGCUGUCGCUGAAGGAGAAGAAGAAAGCCUACGAACGCCCCUCGAGCUCGUUAUCAAAACCCUCACAACCCAUAUCUUCGCCCUAGCAAGCUAUGCCUACCUCUCCGCACUCUCGCGGCGACCAAACCGCUCGCACCUCCAAGCCCUCCGCCUCCUCUUCUUCCUCUUCGUCCCAACCCUCCCGGUGAUCGAAUUCGCCAUCUCCGCCAUCCGCUCCAUCAUCCAAUUCUGCCGCAACUAUGAAGACUCGGACGAAACGCACUUCCGAUUCUACCUCUCCGCCGCGCUCGGCCAGCACGCACACCUGAAAAUCGACAAAGAAGGCGAGGAGAAGAACAACGAGAGCGUCCACCUCCUCAACAUCGGCAACGGCUUCGCGGAGAAGACCUACAUCCCCUUCGACUGGGUCUGGGCAGGGAAGUUCCUGGCAGCGCUCUUCGCAGUCACGCAGGCCGUCGGCACCAUCGUCAUGUGGGUGCGGAGAAUGCAGAGCCACGAUGGCGACGCAUUGUCGUUUGACCACCGGAACGGCGCCAUGGGGAUCGCAAGCGCGGCGUGCGGUGUCGUUAGCAUCCUGACGCUCAUCCUCCGUCUGCGAUGGACGGUCAGCAAGUCCUUCGAAGCGAAGGAGGGGAAACAUAGUCACUGGCUCGGGAUGACGCAGUCGAGCCAGUUCAUCGUCGAGAUGCUGCUGUCCAUGCUGCUGCAUCUCAUCAUCGCUAUGAUAGCGGACAGCGACAACCGUUGGUUGUACACUUCCGUCGGGGCGGUCACUUUCCUCGUAACGUCCGGGAGGGGCGCGAGUAGGAUUUUCUUUCAGGUUUUGCAGAGCUUGUUGUUGCUGAUUUUCAUCUACGUCUUCCGCCAUGAGAUCUUGCGGAGGUUGGGCUUCAGCUCGGAGAGGUCUGUACGGGUGUUCGGAGGGCGGCAGAUGAAGAGAGUGAAGGCGUUAUUGGUAUUGUUGUUGGUGCUUUGGAUUAUCACGGACCUUAUAAGGUUGUUCGUCAUAGAUAUCAUUCAGGUGGUGAGGGAGUCGAAAGACGGUUGGAGGGGGUAUUGGUGGCAGGACCCGCUGAGCGAUAGUCUGAUCGUCAUAUAG